AUGUCCGCGGUGAACAACUCUACGUUCCCCGCCAACCCUGAUGGAGAGGGCCCCAUUGGCAACGCCCGCGGCGGCAACAUUGGCGCCAACAACGGCGGUUUUGGCAUUGAGCAAUCGCGGCCCACCGUCCCUGACCCGGUCGAGCGCCGCGCCGCCUUUGGCAUGAAGCAUCCUGUGCGAAACGAGAUCGUCGCCGCCCUGGCCGAGUUCUGCGGUACCUUUAUGUUCCUCUUCCUCGCGUUCGGCGCUACGCAGGGCGCGCUUCUCACGCUGGCUGAGGGCGAGUCGCCCGGCCCGGCUACCCUCCUCUUCAUCUCGGCGGCUUUCGGUGGUGCUAUCGCUGCCAACGUGUGGGCUUUCUACCGUGUCUCUGGUGGCAUGUUCAACCCCGCUGUCACUCUGGGUCUAGUCCUCGUCGGAGCCGUCAAGCCCAUCCGCGGAGUCAUCGUCUUCGUCGCCCAGAUCGUGGCCGGCAUCGCCGCCGCCGCCGGUCUCUUCCUCGAGAUGUUCCUCACGGCCAACUUGGUGUUCGUCGUGUACAUGUUGGCCGUGGAGAAGCACAGGGCGACGUACAUUGCGCCCCUCGGUAUCGGCAUCGCCGUCUUCAUGUGCCACAUGGUGGGCGUCGCCUACACCGGCACCUCUGUCAACCCCGCCCGCUCCUUUGGUCCUGCUGUGAUUGCCGGCUUCCACGGCUACCACUGGAUCUACUGGCUCGGUCCCCUCUUGGGCUCGCUCUUGGCCUUUGCCGUCUACAAGCUCCUCCAGGUCCUCAACUACAGCACCGCCAACGCUGGUCAGGACGAGGAUGGUCUCGGUGCCUACCGCAUGGCUGCUGACAACGGGCACCACAACGGUGCCGACAAGCAUCUCGUGUAA